AUGGCGACUGGUGGGGACCCGGAGGAGCAGGUAGUCCCAAACAAGGAGGAGGAAGGCGACGUGAAGGCGGUGCAGGCGCGGUACCUCCGGAGUCCCUCCCCCAGCCAGUUCUCGAUGGUUUCUGAUGCAGAAACUGAGAGCAUUUUCAUGGAGCCUAUUCACCUGUCAUCAGCUAUUGCUGCUAAACAGAUCAUCAAUGAAGAACUCAAGCCUCGGGGGGCCAGAGCGGAGACUGAGUGUCCAGGCAUGUUGGAGUCUGCAGAGCAGCUGCUGGUGGAGGACCUGUACAACCGAGUCAGGGAGAAGAUGGACGACACCAGCCUGUACAACACCCCGAGCAUCCUGGACCUGCAGCGGUCCUUGCUCCAAGACCGCCAAGAGGCCCCCUGGAAUGAGGUGGAUGAAGUCUGGCCCAACAUCUUCAUAGCUGAGAAGAGUGUGGCUGUGAAUAAGGGGAGGCUGAAGAGGCUGGGAAUCACCCACAUCCUGAAUGCUGCUCAUGGCACCGGCGUCUAUACUGGGCCUGAAUUCUACACCGGCCUGGAGGUCCAGUACUUAGGUGUGGAGACCGAUGACUUUCCUGAGGUGGACAUCUCCCAGCAUUUCCGGAAGGCUGCUGAGUUCCUUGAUGAAGCGCUGCUGACAUAUAGAGGGAAAGUCCUGGUCAGCAGCGAGAUGGGCAUCAGCCGGUCAGCAGUGCUGGUGGCUGCCUACCUGAUGAUCUUCCACAACAUGAGCAUCCUAGAAGCCUUGAUGACCCUGCGGAAGAAGCGCGCCAUCUACCCCAAUGAUGGCUUCCUGAAACAGCUCCGGGAGCUCAACGAGAAGCUAAUGGAGGAGAGGGAAGAAGACUGUGACCCCGAGGGGGGAACAGAUGAGGCCUCAGAGGGCGAGGAUGCAGGGAGCACUGCCAGGGCCAGAGUGCAGGCCUUCACUGUGGAGGAGGAGGACGAUGCCGCCAGCCACCUGAGUGGCUCCUCCAUGGGGAAGGCCAGUAGUCAAGCCUCCAGGCCCCACACCGUCCUGGACCAAGAUGAGAAGAAACACCAUGAGCACUGGGAGAAGGAGCAGGGCCGCCCUGCGGGCAAGACCCCCCAGGGCGGGGAUGGCAGGCGCUCAGCUUCCUCUGGCUGGGGUGGAGAGGAACCCGAGGACGAGGACGUGGAGAGCAUCAUCCGGGAGUGGCAGAGCCGAAAUGAGAGGUACCAGGCCCAAGGGCACCGGAGGUGGGAUCGAGAGGAAGAGGAAGAGGAGAGUGACGCUGACUCCUUUGUGGGGAGAAGACGGAGGCACACGGUGAGUGAGAGCAGCAGCUCAGAGAGCGUGAGCAGCCAUGACAUUCAGGUCCUGAAGCAGCAGCUAGAGAUGAGCCGCCAGAGGCAGGGUGGGAGGCGCCGUGCUGACUCUGUGUCCACAGAGAGCACCUGGGAUGUGUGGAACCAGAGGCUGCUGGAGAUCGAGAAGGAAGCUUCCCGGGAGUACCGCUCCAGGAGAAGGAGAGAGAAAGGGGACACGGACUCUGAGGUGGGGAGCAGCGUGAGCGAGGAUGACAAGGACAGCGUGUCCUCGGAGGCCAGCUCUUUCUAUAACUUCUGUAGCAAGAAUAAGGACAAGCUCACUGCCCUGGAAAGGUGGAAGAUCAAGAGAAUCCAAUUUGGGUUUCAUAAGAGAGAUUCGGAGGCAGGAGACAGCAGCAGUGAGCAAGGCACAGAGCAGGCGGAGAAGAGCCCCUCGGAUGUCAACCUGACGGCCUACCAGGCCUGGAAGCUCAAGCACCAGAAAAAGGUGGGCAGCGAGAACAAGGAGGAGGUGGUGGACCUUGGCAAGGUAGAGGACACAGCCUCAGCCAAGAAGAGACAGCGGAGGCUAGAGCUGUUGGAGAGGAGCAGGCAGACGCUAGAGGAGAGUCAGUCCAUGGGCAGCUGGGAGGCAGACCGCUCGGUCGCCAGCGGGAGCAUCCCCCUGUCCGCCUUCUGGUCUGCAGCUCCCUCGGGCACUGCUGAUGGGGACACCACGUCAGUCCUCAGUGCCCAGAGCCGCAGUUCCCAUCCAUCUCAGGCUGUAAGCCACCUAGGCGGCUGCUUGACCCCUAAUCCCACCACACCCCUGCCAAACUUACCCGUCGGGCCUGGAGACACCAUUUCCAUCGCCAGUAUCCAGAACUGGAUUGCCAAUGUCGUCAGUGAAACUCUCGCACAGAAGCAAAAUGAAAUGCUGCUGCUGUCCCGCUCACCAUCCGCUGCAAGUAUGAGCGUGGCACCAGCAGCCAGCUGCCUGGGGGAUGACCAUGUCUCCAUGCUUAGUGGACAGAGUGGCUCCGCCCUGGGUGGCUGCCCACGGCCUCAAAGCCUCGUAAGAUCCGGCAGCGACACAACUUCUGUGCUGUCAUCCAGCACCACUCCCAGCUCCAGAGCUGAACAAACAGGAGGCAGAGUAAGGGGGACCAGCAAGCCCAUCUACAACCUCUUUGCUGACAAUGUCAACCUAAAGGAACUUGACCGGAAGGAGAGGGAGAUGCAAAUGGAGCUGAGGGAGAAAAUGUCUGAAUAUAAACUAGAGAAGUUGGCCUCCGACAACAAACGCAGCUCCCUUUUCAAGAAAAAGAAGGUGAAGGAAGAUGAGGACAAUGACUCUGGUGACAGGGGUGAGGACACUGACAGUGCUGUAGGGAGCUUGUGGUAUUCUUCCCGCAGCAAUUCCCAAAAACCUGAUACAGACAUCUCCUCCUCUUUGGCGGUCCCAGGAAGUGGCUAUGGAGGUGGCAGCGGGCCCAACAGAGAGACAGAUAGCAGUAUUAGUAAGUGGCUCAGUGGCCUCAGGACAGAGGAGAGAUCUCCUCCCCCAAGUGAUUGUUCUGGAAGCUCCAGGGGGAGGUACACGAGAUCUUCACUGCUCCGGGAGACAGAAUCCAAAUCCUCCAGUUAUAAGUUCUCUAAAUCUCAGUCAGAGGAACGGGACACCUCCUCCUUUCACGAAGCCAAUGGUAACUCUGUGAGAAGCAUCUCCCGUUUCUCUUCUUCUUCUACCCGGGAGGGCCGGGAGAUGCACAAGUUCUCCAGGUCCAAGUUCAGUGAGACCGCCAGCUCCCGAGAGGAGAGCCCGGAGCCCUACUUCUUCCGCAGGACUCCCGAGCCCUCCGGAGGGGAAGAAUCUCCAGAACCCCGGGAUCCUAGCUGGGCAAGACCCAGGGACUGGGAAGAUGGGGAAGAGUCAUCCAAGUCAGACUUUUCUGAGUUUGGAGCCAAGAGGAAAUUCACACAGAGCUUCAUGAGGUCUGAAGAGGAGGGAGAGAAAGAGAGGGUGGAAAACAGAGAAGAAGGGAGGUUUGCUUCAGGGCGGCGGUGCCAGUAUCGAAGAAACACUGACAGGGAGGAAGAGGAGGAAAUGGACGAUGAAGCCAUCAUCGCCGCGUGGAGACGACGGCAAGAAGAGACCCGGACUAAAAUGCAGAGAAGGAGGGAGGAUUAA